CGGCGCCCGCCGUUUACGACGGGCCGGAAAGCAGUGGGCGCAGCCAGCGCCGGCUGAGCCGGGUCGCUAUGGGGAAAAUUGCGCUGCAGCUCAAAGCCACGCUGGAGAAUGUCACCAACCUCCGGCCAGUGGGCGAGGACUUCCGGUGGUACCUGAAGAUGAAAUGUGGCAACUGUGGUGAGAUUUCAGAGAAGUGGCAGUACAUUCGGCUGAUGGACAACGUGGCACUGAAGGGAGGCCGUGGCAGUGCCUCCAUGGUCCAGAAGUGCAAGCUGUGUUCAAGGGAAAACUCCAUUGAGAUUUUGAGCAGCACCAUCAAACCUUACAAUGCCGAAGACAACGAGAAGUUCAAGACGAUAGUGGAGUUUGAGUGCCGAGGACUUGAACCAGUCGAUUUCCAGCCCCAGGCCGGCUUUGCUGCUGAGGGUCUGGAAUCCGGGACAGUCUUCAGUGACAUUAAUCUGCAGGAAAAGGACUGGACUGACUAUGACGAAAAGGCUCAGGAGUCUGUGGGAAUCUACGAGGUCACCCACCAGUUUGUGAAGUCCUGAACCCUCUUCCUGCACACUUGCCUCUUAAGAACUGAAAAGGGACAACGUGCCCCAAGCAGCACAGUGCAGAGGCUGGUCCCCUCACGUCUCGCCUCCUGGCAGCUGCCCAGGCCCUCACAGCCUGCGUGCUGGGCUGUCACAGCGUCCCGAGCCCCACCAAUAAAGCCCCUGUUUGUGCUACA